UUUUUACUGCUUAGGAGGGAACUUCCAAAGGUGUUUUUAAAACAUAGCUCCAGCUAGAGGGUACCUUUUAAGCUGUUGAAGAUCAAAAUGAAUACAGACUCCAAGGAGGUUAUAUCCCUGGAUGUUGAAGCUCGUGAUGUUUGGGAAGAACUGACAGUGAAAGCAGAGGCAGAAAGUCACCUCCAAAUGCAGGAAUCCGGACUGAAACGCAAUAACCCACUGGCAAGGGAGAUCUUCCGAAGGCGCUUUCGACAGCUCUGCUACCAGGAGACCCCUGGACCAAGGGAGGCUCUCACCCAACUCCGGGAUCUUUGCUACCAGUGGUUGAGGCCGCAUGUGAGCACGAAGGAGCAGAUUCUGGACCUGCUGGUGCUGGAGCAGUUCCUGUGUAUCCUGCCCAAGGAGGUGCAGGGCUGGGUGCAGGAGCACUGUCCAGAGAGUGGGGAAGAGGCAGUGAUUCUGCUGGAGGAUCUGGAGAGAGAGCUCGAUGAACCACAACAUGAGAUGGUAGCCUACAGACACCGACGAGAAGUCCUCUCUAAAGAGACAGUGUCUCUAGGAGAGCAGAUGUCACUGGGCCUUCAGUCCCAGCCUAAGGAGCCCCAGCUCACAUGUGACCCUGCUCAGGAGCCCCACCGUAUCGGAAAGACAGGUGAGAGACAGGAUUUAUCUGGUGUUGAACAUAUCCCACCUGGUCAAGUACAAACCAACAAAAAACCAGAGCUGGGAAACCAGGGGGUCAGAAGACGCUUUACCAGCAAUGUUCAGUGCUUCCGAGUGCCUAGUGUGCUUGUCUUUGUCCCAAUCCUCUGCAUGCAGUCUUCCCCUGGAUAUAAAUGUGAAGUUUGGGCAGCAGCACUGAUCUCACUUGUGGCCCAUUUCUUCUCUGCAGGCACAUUUCUGUUUUGCAAACCUGUUGUCAUCUCCCAGCUAAAAGGAGGAGAAGAACCAUGGUCUCACCCCACAGGAGUCCUAAGAGAUGGAAUGACCAAGACUGAGAACAGAGAGUUGGUGCUAAGGAAAGACUGUCCUAAGAGAGUGGAACCACAUGGGAAAAUGUCUUACGGACAGACCUGGGAGAUAUCACAGCAGGAUCCGCGACACAGAGAAGUUGGUGACUGCAAGGGUAGGGUAGAGAGGCACUGGGGAAACCCCUUAGGAGCCGGACCACACAGAUGUGAAGAAUGUGGGAAGAGCUUUGCUCAGAGCUCAGGUCUUGUUCGACAUCAAAGAGUUCACACUGGAGAAAGACCCUACGAAUGUAAUGAGUGUGGGAAAACCUUCAGUCGGAGUUCGGGUCUUUUUAAUCACCGAGGAAUCCACAAUAUUCAGAAACGGUACCACUGUAAGGAGUGUGGGAAGGCCUUCAGUCAGAGUGCCGGUCUCAUCCAGCAUCAGAGAAUCCACAAGGGAGAAAAGCCCUAUCAGUGCAGCCAAUGCAACAAGAGCUACGGUCGGCGUUCAUUUCUCAUCGAGCAUCAGAGAAGCCACACAGGGGAGCGACCUCACCAUUGCAACAAAUGUGGGAAAAGCUUUAAUCGCCACUGCAACCUCAUCCGCCAUCAGAAGAUCCACAUGGUGGCAGAGCUGGUCUAAUCCAAGCUGUGUGCAAGUUUUCCAGAUCACUGGCCAAGUCGUGCGGGGUCUGACUGAAAUUCCAGUCUUAUUCAUGGGACUGUGGACUACCCAAGCCAGGAGAGUCACCACUGUUACCUGUACAACAGCUGAUGAAUAAU